CGGUGACGUAGAAGCGAAUACGAUCCCCAGCGACGAUGAAACCAGUGACGAUCACCACGACGGCAACGAUGAACUGCUAACCCGCGACGUUUCUCACGACUUUGGCGUCUCAUUCGGCAUCUUUAAUAUGUUUCUUAACACAGCAUUUGUUCUUCUCCCGAGCCGCAGCUCAGGACGAUUCGACUGUCUGGAAGGUCCAGGAUUGACGGAGUCGCCGUCGGCCACAUUCCCAUUCCCGCAGUACAUUGCUUUAAUGUAUAUAACAUCGCAAAGGUGUGGUCUUUUGCACAAUUCGACCAUUGCCGGUAGGAGAGAAAUGCAUGAGUCUCCUCGCCGCGGUCACGUUGCACGGUGCACGUCACACGCACAUGAUCUGUCGUCCCAUUGAUGCUUUUGUCAUUGUUUUUGAUUUAGUCUGAUGAUUGAAAACCACACUACCAGCAUA